UUUGUGGGAGCGCUGGCCGGCCGAGGGCGCGCAGCAGCUCGCAGCCGCCGGCGCGGCGUCCCGCUCCCGGCCCUGCAGACGUCGGCCGCCAGCAGCUGACAGCGCGGUGACAGCGGAGGGCAGCUUCUCUCCUGCGAGAUUCCAGCAUGGUUUACAGGGGGAACAAAGGGCCUCCCGGAGAAGAUGCUCUAGAUGAAUACUUUGAAUACGAUGCAGAGGAGUUCCUCGUCUCUCUGGCCUUGCUGAUAACAGAAGGACGGACGCCAGAAUGUUCCGUGAAAGGUCGUACGGAGAGUUUCCACUGCCCGCCGGCGCAGUCCCAUCACCCUGUCACCACCCGACAUGAGUGCAGCGACAAGCUGGCCCAGUGUCGCCAAGCCAGGCGCACAAGGUCCGAGGUCACCAUGCUGUGGAGGAACAGCCUUCCGAUCAUGGUGGAAGUGGCCUUGCUCCCGGACUGCUGCUACAGUGAUGAUGGGCCCAGCACAGAAGGGGCUGAUCUGAGCGACCCUGCCCUGGAGCAGGACGCCCUGCUGCUGGAGAGAUGGGUCCUGGAGCCCGUGCCGCGGCGGAAUGGCGGUCGACUCGUUGAGGAGAAGAUGCUCCUACUGGCUGUCCGCUCGUUUGUGUUCUUUUCCCAGCUAAGUGCUUGGCUGAGUGUUUCGCACGGUGCGGUCCCAAGAAACAUCCUGUACAGGGUCAGUGCCGCUGAUGCAGACCUGCGGUGGCGUUUCCCCCAGACUCCAGUUGAACACGUGUUUCCUGUCCCCAGUGUUUCUCACAAUGUGGCCUUGAAAGUCAGCGUCCAGUCCCUACCCCGACAGUCUGCUUACCCAGUCUGGAGCUGUAGUAUUCAUACUAACCUUGGCCUUUAUGGGGAGAGAGUUCAGGCACAAGAGCCUGAAGGCCGUCAGCCCCACAGUUCCACUGAAGCAGCGCAGUGUGGACCAAACAGCUUGCAGCGUCUGUGUGGCAGGCAGACGUGGACCAUGGCACCUGAGAGUGUACCACAUGAGAGGGACAGCCCAGCUCCGGAGGACACUGCAGCCACCAGGCACAGUGGGCCUCAUCCAGGGGGCAGGAAGUCCCCGUACGGGACAUCUCGGGCCAGCCUGCUGGGCUUGAGUGGCCUAGGAGACAUGAAGCCACAUGAAACAUCUCUGAGAACUUGGAAGUCACUUUCAGUGGUGGAUUCCAACAUCUCCAGCCAUCAGAGCUCCUGGCAGCCGGCUGGUAAGAUGAACCCUCUAAUAGACUCCUUAAUUCAGGAUCGACAAGAAGUCAUUGCAAGAAUUGCGCAGCACCUGAUUCACUGCGAUUCAAACACCCCCCAUGGCUCCGCACACCCAUUCACCACUCAGGAGUCCCCCUCCCUGCAUCCGAAACUGUGCCAGGUGUCCCGAGAGAGGCACAAUGUGAGAAAAGGGAAAGACGCUUUUUCCAUGUCUUUGGGGAGUCCAGAGUUCCCCUCCAUGGAAGACGGUGAUGAGGGGAACAUUCUAGGGAAACCAGACCAUUGGAAAAGUGAGACUCACGUCUCUGGUGCUCUGUGCCCGCACCAGGGUGCGGGAGAGGCAAACCCUCUGAUAGGCUCCCUGCUGCAGGAACGGCAGGACGUGAUUGCCAGGAUUGCCCGGCACCUGGAACACGUUGACCCCAGGUCGCCCCGCCUGCACGGCCCCAGCAGCCUUCCCUCCAAAGUGCUCCACAGUUCCUGCAGCGACAGGCACUUGUGGAAGAGGAGCAAGGACAGUGCCUGCGCUUCCCUUCCGCUUCCAAAGCCGGCCUUGUUGGGAGAUGGUGCCAACACAAAAAGCUCACUACCUGCUAAGUCUUGGAGUUCUUUUGCGUGCAACCGUAGAGAAAAGUCCUCUGCGAAACCCCAAGUACGGACGCAGGGCUGGCAUGGUCCUCCUGAUGGUGUGCCGAGCUCUUGGCCUGAGGCCCAGAACACAGCUGCUACGCCACCCGCUGCCUCAACCGCCUCCCAGUGCAGUGACAGCGACUUGGGUUUGAUCAGUAGGCUGGAGAAUGUACUCGCAGAGCCACAACUUCAGGAGCAGGAAGGCAGCAUUAGCCCUGCCGAGCAGCAUUCAGCUGGCAGCAGUACUGAUGCGAGGGUCUGCACACAGAAGUACGAGGGAGGGAGAAUCGGCAGUGACAGCAGAAGCCCAGAAUCCUCUGGCAGUCCCCAGCGUGAUGACUCAAAAACAGGCGACUCACGUGUGCAAGUUACUAUGUUAGAAAUGUCUGAAUAUUUAAACAAGUAUGAAUAUAAUUGCUCAAAUAAAGACUCAGCAAAGCCCAAGACACACGAGCAGAAUUCUCAGCUGAACAGCAUAGAAAAUUAUCUCAGUAAAAAUAACAAAGGUUUCAAAUGCAAAAAAUCAGGCCAGGUAACAAAUGAGGAGGAUAAGAAAGAAGAUUCACUGGCUGAACAAGCUCAAAACUGUUCUCAAAGAAAGAGUACAAAAGGCUGUUUGUCUGCUUGUGAACAACUGAAAAAUACAAAGAUAUUGAAGACCGCACCAGCAUACUCGCGUGUCUGGCCAAAGCCUACCUUUCAUCCCUUGGAUGGAACUUCAACCCGGGCCUUUCACCCCCGAACUGGAUUGCCUCUUCUUUCAAGUCCUGUUCCUCAAAGAAAAACACAGUCAGGUUGCUUUGAUCUGGAUUCUUCAUUACUGCAUCUGAAAAGCUUAUCAUCUAGAAGAUACAAAAACAGCAUUAACCAAUUAGCAGAGCAAAUGGCGAGGCUCCAGGAGUGCUCAGUGCUGGCUGGAAUGGCGGGAGGACACCUGCACACAGUGGGAGGUGGGCGGGUGUGGGCCCCGGAGCGGCAUGCGGGAGCAGCACUGGCCCUGAGCCGGAAAACGAGCCACUCACUUUUUCACAAAUUGUCUGUCUUGCAGGAGUCUGUCCUGAACUACCGUUUAGACCCCCUCGGGGUGGUCAGUGGCUUUACUGCCGAGGUGGGGGCCAGCGGUGUGUUCUGCCCCGCACACCUGACCCUCCCAGUGGAGGUGUCGUUCUACAGUGUUUCUGACGACAAUGCUCCCUCUCCUUAUAUGGGCGUGAUCCCCUUGGAGUCCCUUGGUAAGAGGGGUUACCGGGUGCCUCCUUCAGGAACAGUGCAAGUGACCUUAUUCAACCCCAACAAGACUGUGGUGAAGAUGUUCGUGGUGGUGUACGACCUGCGUGGCAUGCCCGCCAACCACCAGACCUUCCUGCGGCAGAGGAUCUUCUCCGUGCCCGUGGAGCCCGAGGCCAGGACCAGCACCGGCCAGGGGCGCACCCGGCCCGCGGAGGAGCGCCUGUUACGCUACCUCAUCCAUCUGAGGUUCCAGAGUUCUAAAUCUGGAAAGAUCUACCUCCACAGGGACGUGCGGCUCCUGUUCUCCAGGAAGUCCAUGGAGGUCGACAGUGGUGCAGCGUAUGAACUCAAAUCCUACACUGAGUCGCCAACCAACCCUCAGUUCUCACCACGCUGUUGACCAGGAGUGACAAGUGGAAGUGUUGCUCAGGCCCCCGGUUUGAAGUAAAGAUCCAGAGAGGAGUGGAGCACGCUGACAGCCGGGAGAAAGCAGACCCCUCCACGCCCAGACCAGUGGCCCAGAGGUGCCCUGCUGUGGAAACCACUUCCUGGACACGUUGCAGUUGCAGAGGCCCCGUUAGUUAGUGUUUACAUGUUUCGUUUCUAUUAUUUAAUAUUUAAUGUUUCCCUUAAUACUCAAGCAAUGUUUGUCUGUAGUGUUCUUAUGUAGCACAAAUCUUAUGUAAGAUCAUACUAUGUAUUUUUGACGUUAACGUUGGAAUCUGAAAUAUAUGCACACGUCUUUAAUUUUGUGUGAUGUGUUUUAAAUGCUGUUCAUCUAAACUAUUGAGAAUGAACUGUUGAGCUUCCCGAAGAUGAAUGCACUAUGCAAGCAUGUGUACCUUUUCUAUUUGGAGCUGAGUCUGGCCACGGGGCGGGCAGCCCUCCCUGCUCUCCGGGAGGCGCAGUCGGCCUGCUGCUGCGCUGCCUGCUCCCAGUGCUCAGGCGGGUCUAUUUUUCCUUAAUCCCUACUCCAGAGGCUUUUCAGCAAACUGCUGUCCCAUGCUAGAAAUUUUCUGAAAUUGUUAAGAUAUGGACUUUGAAAACAAAUUAGUAUUUAUAUUGUAAAUAUAUGCCAA